CUCCAAUCAGUUGGAGUGCAAGCAUAUGUGAGCAAACAUUUUCUCCGGACUAUCGCUGAGGAAGAAAAUUUGUUAAGAGAUGGAAACCCAUAACAAGAAAAUUAUCAUAUAUUUUGCCAUUUUUUCAAUCAUUGUCGGACAAGUUGAACCAAAUUUAUGCAAGUACCGCAGAUUUUUUGGCCAGACAAAUGCGGAAAUCGUGGAACUCGGAGAUACAAAUAUUCACGGGCUUGACUCGUUGGUCGUAUUGUGGGGCAGUGCCUUCACAAUUGACAGCAGCGGAUAUCUGAUCGGUUGGUAUUACCACCAAACAAAGAUUUCAAGUUUGUUCUUGGAUGUUUGGGAAGUUACACCUGCGGCAUCCAAAUCUGGACUACCAGAUACAUUCAUUCUCAAGCGAAAGCAAGGUUUCAAUACGACUGUGCCUGGCGAUAACACGCAGUAUAUCAGCUACAAAGUCAAGGUUCAUCCUGGGUAUGUGCUUGGAGUCCACAAUGCACCUGGCAAAAAGUUGUUCAUUCCUGUAAGACAUUUCAUUCCCGAUACAGAUGUAGAAUGCACGAUCGUUGACGGUAUAAACGACGCGAGUUUAGCUAGUCUAGGCAACAGCAUCGCGAAGGUCCGGUGGGCUGAAGAAGGUCGAAUUGAGGCCUUCGGAGCGCAUGUUCUCGUUCACGACUUCUCAGAUGCAUGCGUUCAGGCAUUCGUCUUGUCCCCCAUCACGACCUUCAAUGCGUUUGAAUACUCGAGAUACUACGAUGUGGAUUCAGAGGACUGCAGUCUUUAUUGUCUGCAGAAAAGCACUCGAUGUAUGAACUUUAGCUACAAGGAGCUGGGCGGCGAGUGUCGGCUCUUUUCCGUAAUGCUGCCUGCUAAUCAUGGUCAUUUAAAGAUCACGAUGGAUGCAUCUGAAGAGCUUUACAUUGCCGAAGAGUGAUCCAGCAUCAUGAAGAAAACGUCUUGGGGCGACAUACCCGUCGGACAAAGUAUCUGAUCACUGUCAAUGCGACGGAGGAACAAAAAUCCCAUCUGGUCAUCGCAGCUGCCGAAGACAAGAUUUAGCAUCGCGCGCAACUAGCGAUGAUCGGCUUUGUUGCAGCUUUGCCCGCAGACAAGUGAUCUUUUUAUCGCCCACCGCCGUGGUAAUAUCGUCACACGUCGCUGCGAUAAAAAUCACCUGUCUGCGGUGCGUUAAUAGUUAGUAUCUCGGCGUGAAAGGUUAGUUACUGACUGUGUACCGUCCUAAUGUCAUGAUAUUGGCAACACUAAAAGCCU